UUUAAUUGAAUAUGAUAAUAUGGACGAUAGUCAACAAUUAUUUCUCAUUGAAUUUUUGGUAGACAAAGUUAACAUUCCAGCUAUUCGAGCAAUACAUGAAGAAAUGUUACCAGUGACAACCUGCGUUUCUUUCCAGGUCCUUGGCUUACCACCUAUCAAUAUUAACGAAGAAGCAUCCGUCGAUAAAUGCGCUUGCCUUAGCGGUGAUGUUCAAGUAUUUAAAAAAGGAAAGUCAUGUCUUUUUGCCCUACCCAAUAAUGUUCUUCAAAAACCAAUUCAUAGUUUUCCUGUAACCAUGUCUGUUUAUAAAAAACUUCCACCCGGAGUAUUACCAGAUGUAAUGUUAAUUGGCACUCAUCAGAUACAAUUAAGAAAUCUGAUAAACGAUUUACUCAGUCAGCGUAUAUUUAAAAAUGGCAACCCGUGCAGAUCGUUAAAAAGUACUUUUAGGAUUACAACAGCCACGGGACAAGGUGUCGGCGAAGCUACCAUCUUUAUACGUGUAUCCUGUUUUGGAAAAAAAAUAGUUACUCAAUUUCAAAUCCCUCACAAUAAAAAACCUUACUUAUUCAAAGGAAGCGAAGAUAGUCCAGUAUUUCAAUGUAAAAGAAUACCUUCAAACAUAUUUUUACCAGAACCUGUACGAUGCAAUUGUCCUGUAAAAAAAAGUCCCGAUGGCAGUGGUGAAGGACAAAUUUGUUGUCCUGAAACUAAAUCUGAUAUGGAUAAACGUAAACAGGCACACUGCGAACCUUGUUGUUUAUGCAGUCAACAACCUAUUUCUAAUUGUUCUGACUUACAACCGCAACAACAGUGUCAAGCAGAAUAUCUUAACUCUAAAAAUUAUUCUCUUCGGACAGCACAUGCUGUCGCUGCAAAUACUUGUAUCUCCUGUUGUUCACCUCAACCGAUUAAAGACAUCACCUGUGCUCCCUGUUGUGGCACAAAAGGAACUACUUUUGAUGAACUUCUUAAAGAGAAACCUGUAAGAAAAUGUGGAUGCAUUAUCAAAGAAAAACCAACUUGUAACUGUAAACAGACCUGUUCUUAAAGAAAUUAUAACGGCGGCGGAGGCA